UUUUCAGUCAUUUCCCACGCCACGGUAGGCAGCUUGGAAAAGAAGAAGAAGCACACCACAGAUGAUAACCUUUUUCUCCACCAAACUAUGACUCCGGUAUCAUGGGCGACAAUUACAGAGACAAUCUUCCAAUACACUGGGUUAUCUCCGACAGCGUUGUUGACGAUAGCAGCGAUGAUGUUGGUUACUUACAAAUUGGUUUGUAGCAUGUUUGUUUCCCCACAUGACUUUGUCCCUAUCAAAAAGCAGCCUCCUCUCCAACUGGGCGAAAUCACGGAAGAGCAACUUUGGGGUUAUAACGGCGCUGAUUCAGAAAAGCCAUUGUUGAUCGCUAUUAAAGGACACAUCUACGACGUCUCUACUUCAAAGAUGUUCUAUGGUCCUGGUGGUUCAUAUGCAAUGUUUGCUGGAAGAGAUGCAAGCCGAGCCUUAGCUCAGUUAUCAUUCAAACCUGAAGAUAUUAAUGGGAACCUUGAAGGCCUUAGUGAUGCUGAACUUAAAAUUCUGCAAGACUGGGAAGAUAAAUUUAUGGAGAAGUAUGCCCGGGUGGGGCAGCUUGUUCCAAAGAAAAGACUAACCGAGAAUAAAGAAGGUGACAAUGCUUGCAGGAUAGAAGAAGUGGCGAGGGCAUUGAAAGAAGAUAUGCUGCAGGAGAGUACAAGUGUUGAAGAAAUGCGAUGGAAGUAGUUCGUGCUUUCUCUAGUGGACCUCCAUUAAAGUAUGUGCUUAUACAUUUUGCGUAAUUCAAAUGUCUUGAGACUGAAUCAUUUUAAAGAAUUGAUCACGUCAUAUCCAAGGAUUCUUAUGAUCCUCUCAAAUAUAUGUAAAAUAUUGUUUUGUAUAAGUUUUAUUUCCUGGACCAAA